AUGACGGUGGAUCCGGCGAACGAAACUCUACCAGCGAACUGCAUCAACUACGGUCGCUUCACACCAAGAAACCUUGGAAUGACCUUUGCUUACGGCCUGCUUCUUGUCACUUCUUUGAGUGGAAAUUUCUUAAUAGUAAUAGUUGUCUACAAGAUGAAAACCAUGCGGACAACAAUUAACUUCUUCAUUGUCAACAUGGCAAUGUCAGAUCUGUUGUUUCCAGUUUUUGUAUUUCCAUUGCUUCUCACAGAGAUGUACGUCGGCGGCUUCGGUCCACCAGGAAAAAACAUCUGCUUGGUGCUCUUUUUAUUACAGUAUGUCUCCAGUUGGGUUUCCAUUCAAAGCCUUAUUUUGAUCGCUGUGGAUCGAUUUUUGGCUGUGGUUUUUCCACUGCACUCCCCGAUCAUCACUUCAAAAGUGCGUCCAUUUGUCAUCCUGACAACUUGGAUAGUUGCAACUGCUUCUUCAUUUCCAAUGUUAGUCUUUUACAACUCCAUGGAGUUCAGCGAGAAGCUGAACUGCGGGCGCAUAUGGUUUACAAAGUAUUUUCGAGAAAAAUAUUACAUUCACGUUAUGCCUUUGAAUGUAGUCUUCAAGACAAUUCCUUUUAUCUUACUUGCUACUCUUUACUCUGUCAUUCUUUUCAAGCUGAAAAUACAGACAAUUCCAGGUGAACGAUCGAUAAAUGCUGAAGAACAACGUGUUCAAAGAAACAGAAAAGUUCUCAAGAUGGCCACGGCUAUCUUACUGGGAUUUGCCAUGUGCUGGAUGCCUUUGAGUAUCAUAGGCUUUUUAGGCCUCUCUCUCGGAGACAGUGAAGGUUGUGGCCGAAUUCCGCCAUUUGUGAUUGUCGCUGUUUUUCUGAAUUACGCCAAUUGUGCUGUUAAUCCUUGCAUAUGUUUUACGUUUUGUAGAAAUUUCCGUCAAGCCCUGAAGGGCCUCCUUUAUCAAAAUGCGCCAGGGCCGUAA